AUGGAUGGGCAUUUCGAGCCGACAAAUCGGUUUGCCGAAGGGGAGAAGGUGAAAGCGGCGGCGGUGUGCAUAGUGGGGCGUGCUCUUAACUGGUACCAAUACCAGCCUCUUCUUCCUACUGAUCAAGUGAAACCGUGGAAUGAAAUUGAGGAUGAAGGAGAGGGUUCACCAAGGGCACGAGGUAGGGGGCGUGGUGGCCGAGGAAGGGGCAGGGUUAGAGGGCUUGGUCGUGGAAGGGGAUGGGGAUGUGGACGUGGACAUGGACAUGGACGUGGACGUGGGAGUGGUUGUGGAAGGGGACGGGGCCGUGGGCAUGGUCGUGGUCGUAAUCCCAGAUCAGCAACAGUUGCAUAA